CUUGAAUACUCAGAUCGCACAUUGAGAAGAUCAAUGUUGCAGCUGAAGUUCUGGCUAUCAUCUUUGGCUCGUUCAUUGUGCUUGCGGGCUUGUUGCUCCUCAUCUACAUAUUCCUUCGUCACCGCUAUGAUCUCCAUCGCGCCAAAGAACGAGCCUUCCGUAUUGGCAACUCUGGCUCGGGGUCUGAUGCAGACAGGGUCAUGACGGCGAAGAAAACAGCUAUCAGUGCGCCGGAAAACUUCCAGCACAUGACAUCGUACACCGGUUCCGGUUCGAAUCUCAACUUACUUGGAGCUGUCAGUGCGACCGGAAGCUCAGCCGCGUUGAGUCAUCCGCCGGAAGUUGGCGUCAAUGCCUUGACCGCGGAAGUCCGCCUCGCGCUGCCGUCCGGCCAUGCUGGAGCCACACAUAAUAGCGCCAAAAUGCUCUCUCCACCACCCAGCCCCGGUUUUGGUACACUUGCGAGUAGCAGCAGUCUUACGCUAACGACUGCUAGCGGUACAACCAAAGCAUCCGAUGCGAGUGGAAAGGCGCUACUCACAUCCGCGGCGCCGGCCGACAUGGGCGAGAGCACUCACUCUGUGACAGGGUAUUCAGGACCUGUUGCAAGCUACGCCACUGCGAUGGCUGGAUCAGAGGUUACGAGCAUGGCACAAACGCAUGCUACAAUAUCUGAAGCACAAGGUUCAUCGAAGCCGUUUGCAUUUCUUAGCUCGGCACCAUCCGCGUUCAACCAUAUACUCAAGCGGAUGAGUAAGGGUGAUGCCGACUCAAUGAAGACAAAUUUUUUGCAGGUCUGAUCAGAUGUAGUAUGCAGGGAUUCGACCGGCACGUGGACUUCUGAUAUUGAUGCUAGUUUUGUUUUAAUUAUAUAUUGCAUCAUCCUUAUUUUUGUCAUAUAGACUUGUUCAGAGAGGGCUGUAGUGCCAGUCCUCAGCGAGUACAGUUUCUUCGCUCUCCUUAUUGCUCUUGGCUAUAUAAUAAGGCU